AUGGAGAUGAAAGGGGUUGUUCAAGGCAGAGCAGGAGUGGGUGACACCAUUGGAGCAAGCGAAGAGGCAUUGGGCGACGCCCUCUCCAAGGUGGCUCAUGACGUCGAAUUCAGAGGAGGGGUGAGCAAAGGUCCUGUCAGAGUGGAGAUCGACGCUAAAGUGUCCUUGACAGCCAGUGACACACAGACUCAGGGGGGAUACAAGGCUGGCCCUGACGACGCCUUAUUAGCCGGGCUUAGCCUAGUCGAGCUGGGUACUGGCCCUAGCACUUUGGGCUUGGACUUUAGUGCCAAAUCAGGAGAGAGUGGUUAUGGCGCCAAAGUGGUAAAGAGAGGAAGCAGAGGUGGCGCCGUUGUGCUCCAAAUGGGCGAUGUUAUUGGGCUUGUGAGAGGCAGUGCCAGAUGGCUUGUGAGAGGUGAAGCAAUUGGAGUUGGGGCUAACGCCCUAGGCGAGAUCAAUAGGGAGGAGGGUGAUGCCGAAGUGAUCGGGGAGGCUAGCGGUCUCGAUGGCGCAAGCAAAGGCGAUGGGUACCAGAUAGUCGACGCCGGUGUAGGCUCGGGCGUACUUGUUCUUCAAACAGGUUUUGAGGGCGCUGCCACUGAGCCUCCAAUAGGUCGAUCCCUAAAAUUCAGUCGAAGCGCAACAUGGACGUAG